GCAACCCUUGGCCCUUCAACCCCUUGGUGCGUGGGAGCCUGGCGACCGAGUUAGGCGUUUCAAAACAGGCCGGGCCUUCGCGCCCUCCGGCGCACCAGGAAGGCGGCGCUCCGCUUCGCUUUCGCCACGCCGCCCACUCCUACACCUACCCGCCUUCCUCUCCUUCGCAAUCACUGCUGGCAUUCAAAGGCGGCCGCCGCUGCCGCCUCCACCUUGGCCGCUUUCUCCUCCCCGGAGUCCCGCCCUGCAUGGAGAGGCGUUGCUCUCUCGCCCGCCGUCGGCGCGGCGGCUGCGUCCCUCUCCUUCCUCCUCCUCUUAAAAGCGCCUGGGUGCCUUUGCGGAGCUCGGGCGCCCGGUUCUUGAGGGGCGACGGCAGCGAGACUCGGAAGAGCAGGACGCCGCCAUGGCCUCGCCUGCAACCGCGGAGAAGUAUAUCUUGGGUGUGGACGUGGGCAGCACGGUGAUACGGUGCCAUGUUUACGACAAGGCGGCGGUGCUCAAGGGAGCCAAAGCUAUGCAGGUGGAAGUUGUUCAGCCUCGGCCAGGUUGGGUUGAACUGGAUCCAGAAAGACUGUGGACACAAUUUGUUGGUGUGGUUAAAGAGGCAGUUCAAGCUGCUGGAGUGAAAAUGAAUCAAAUUUCUGCCCUUGGACUCUCGACACAGCGAGGAACUUUCAUUACGUGGAACAAGAAGACAGGAAAACCUUUUCAUAACUUCAUAAGCUGGCAAGAUUUGAGAGCUGCUGAACUUGUAAAGUCCUGGAACAGAUCUCUUACAAUGAAGGCAGUGCAUGCUGUUUGUUCCUUCUUUCACUUUUUCACUCGGAGCGAUCGCUUUCUGUUAGCGAGUUGCCAAACGUUCACAACACAGCAUGUCUCUUUAAGACUGGCUUGGAUUUUGCAACAUCUACAGGAGGUAGAACAAGCAAGUAAAGAUGACAAUUGCUGUUUUGGAACCAUUGACACAUGGCUACUAUAUAAACUGACCAAAGGUGCGGUGUAUGCUACAGACUACUCAAAUGCCAGUACAACCGCAAUGUUUGAUCCCUUCAAGCUGCAGUGGAGUGCGUUCAUUAGCAAGUUUCUUUCCAUUCCAGUAUCAAUUUUCCCCCCAGUGGAGGACACAAGUCAUAAAUUUGGAACAAUUGAUGCUGAGAUAUUUGGAGUGCCUAUUGCAAUAGCAGCUUUGGUGGCAGACCAACAGGCAGCCAUGUUUGGAGAGUGUUGUUUUGAAAGAGGUGAUAGUAAGGUCACCAUGGGGACUGGUACGUUUUGGGAUGUUAACACUGGAAGCAAAAUUCACGUAUCUACAAAAGGCUUGUAUCCAGUGGUUGGUUGGAAGAUUGGGAAAGAGGUGAUCUUCUUAACUGAAGGAAAUGCUUCUGAUACUGGGAAUUCUAUUAGAUGGGCCCAAAGUGUAGGUCUUUUUACCAAUCCUGAAGAAACAUCAAAAAUAGCCCAGAGUCUAGUAAAUUCAGGAGGAGUUUGUUUUGUUCCAUCUUUCAGUGGAUUGCAGAUCCCAAUGAAUGACCCUUUUGCAUGUACUUCUUUUAUGGGGAUCACAUCUUCCACCACCAAAAAACAUCUUGUUCGAGCUGUGUUGGAAUCUAUAGCAUUCAGAAACAAACAGCUUUAUGAUACCAUCGCAAGAGAAAUGGACAUCCCACUUACGUCCAUUCGAGCUGAUGGAGGUGUCAGUAAAAAUAAUUUUAUAAUGCAGAUGACGUCUGAUCUGAUUAACAAAACAAUAAACAAGUCUGUUUGUACAGAUAUGUCUUGCCUUGGAGCAGCUUUUCUAGCUGGCCUUGCUGUAGGAUUCUGGAAGGACAAAGAGCAACUGAAACAGCUGAGGCAAACUGACAUAGUUUUUAAGCCUCAAAAGGAGCCGGAGGAAUACGAACCAGCCAUGAGCAACUGGGUGAAAGCUGGUCAACGUUCUCUCAGUUGGUACAGCCAGACAUCAUAGAAACGGGGUUAUUGCAAAAUGUUAAAUUAAUAUUUUAGAUUAUAUUUAUAGGACAAUGCAAACACAACUGCAGUUCUGUUUUAGAGUUCAUUUCUGCUUCUUCCGUGAGGUUAAUUAAAACAUACCAGCUGCCCCUCUGGAAGUAGCCACCUUCAAGAGACUGAAUGCCAAAGUUCCCAAGGGGCGACUUCCUGUAAUAGGCAACUAAAUGUGAUGACAAAGAUACCUGAAUGCAAAAGUCCUAGCUGGUUUUUUUGUUCUUACAUUACUGUUGAUGUUUUACCUUAACGCAAGAAGCUUCUAUGAUAAGUGGAAAGUAGCAAAAAGCACCUUGUUCUUCCAGACUUGUGAUUUCAUCCAUGUAUCCUGAUCUGCAACCUAGCACAGAAUGUGGCUGCUUGCCCACUGAGAGUUGCCUCGCAGUAAGAGGCACUGAGACAACUAAGCUGAUUGACCUCUGCUUUCAGCGAUGAUCUUCACUUCUUUAUCUGUCUGAAAUUAAAGCCUGGCCACCUGGGAGAGAUCAGCUGAAUUGCCAGAUGAUGUUGGAAAUCAGUUAGCAAUCCCCAUGGUAUAUAGGUGAGGAAAGGUUUAGGAAUCCCUGUGGCCAAAGGUAGUGAUCCAUUGCUGCUAAUGCAGAUUCUUGGGAAUCCAGAGAGCCCCAGCCUUUAAUUUUUUUUAAUCCUAUUUAGCUGCUGCAUUUAACCAAUUACAGUUGAUGUUUCCAAGUCCAGAGUAGGUCAGGAUUGUCUUCUGCUCUUUUUGGAAGGAAUAUGUCACCACAACUAGAUCUCCCCUCACCCAGUUUAAUUUCCCCUUGUGUUCAUCUGUUUUACUUGCAUUGUUUCAAACUCUAGCACAAUGAUUGAUUUCUAUCCGCAAAUACAACCUGAAUAUAAAAUAGAUAAGGUAGAGCGUAUGUGAAAUUGUGCUUGUGCAUCUAAUGUCUUUGUCAGCAGCAUUUAAGCCCAAGCCCAGUUUCAGAGAAAGCAAACCCACCAAGGGGGUUUUAAAUAGAGUACAAGGAGUUAUUCAAAGGGGAAAUUGCAGUCUACUUCCAGGUACAAUAAAUUCAUGCAAUAAUUGUAUAGUUGUUGUGUGUAAUGCAGAAGUCUUUGCACUGGCUACCCGCUUCUUGUUACCGGGAAAUUGCACCCAUACUUCAUCAUUGUGUCACUGGGAAAGCAUUUUUCUUCCAGCUAGAAUAUGUAUAUAUUUUUUGCAGAUCAACCCUGUAUAAAAUUGUGGCCAAAGAGUUAUGGAUAUCUAUUGACUAGUGACAAGUCUCAUGCAAUUUUAUGUACUCUCUAAAAACAUAGGAAGUUGUCUUUCAUUGAGUCAGACCAUUUGCCCAUCUAGCUCAGCACUGCCUACCAUGGCAGGCAAUGCCUCUGCAGGGUUUCAGACAGGAUCCUUUCCAAGUUCCAGCUGGGAAUGUUGCAGAUUGAACCUGGGACAUUUUGCAGUGAAAGCAGAUGCCCCUGCCAUUGAGUGAUGGCCCUUCUAAAGUGCUUCUGUUUGGUUUUUAUUUUGGGGUGGUGGUAAAAUAGGCUUUAUAGCAAAGUGAAACAGAUCUCUGGCAGAGUUCUCUCUAGGGCCAGGAAAAUGAGUUGGAAGGCCAUCCCCAAGAGUCAUCUAGUCCAAUCCCUUACAAUGCAGGAAUCUCAACGACAGCAUCCAUGACAGAUUUGGGCACCUGAGCCAUACAACAGAAUGGCAUCCCCCACCUCUCCACCAGGGAAGAAAGAGUGAGUGAAGAUCUACAUCAGGAACAAUGGCGGGGGAAAUAAAGCUACACAUCAGGACCUGCUGCCCCUAGGGAUCCUGCCGCCUGAGGCGGUCACCUCACCUUGCCUCAUGGGUGGGCUGGCACUAGCUUUCAGGUGUGCAAAGGGGAUCUCCAAGCUCAGUACACUCUCCAUAAAGCAGUACUUACACAUAUUCCAUCCAGGUAGGCUGGGCUGCCAGACUGAUGCCACUUUGAUUCUGAAAGUGAACUAUCCUUUUCAUCACUCUCAAGAACUUUUCCUUUCUUUCACCUCCUACCCAAGCCUUCCCAUCCCUUAGGACACGCACAACAUAACUUUGAAUGCGAGGAGAGCACUCUGAUCUUCAAAGGCAUUCAGACAAAUAAACACUCUUAUGUCCUUCCACACCUACCAUACAAAUUAAAAGCACAUGAUCCAUGCUAGUUCUGCGCAAUAGUGACCAACUUUGCAUCCUAGUGAGAAUUGUUAGGGAAGAAUUCUGGUUUUUCCUGCCAUUUGUCACCAUGCAAUGGUCUUAAGUGCCUGAAUGAGAAUGGGGUUCAAACUGGAAAUUUUCUGUGACAAUCUGUACUAAUUAUUUUUAUCUGCCCAGAGCCAAGGCAUCUUGUGAACUGUGUUGUGUAUUUGUAAAAGGUUUUAUUUUUAUAUUGGUCAGUUACAGGUGUGCACUUGUUCCUUAUUAUGGACUAUUGUACAUGGGUUAACAUGACUUUGUGUAUGUGUCUAUACACAUUUGAGAAACCCAGACUAUGCAAUAUGUGUGCACAAGAACUGAAGGUUUAUGGAAUAUUUCUUCAUAUUGUAGGCCAGUUCUAUGGCAGAAUGUUUACUUAUAAACUGUUACUCAGCUGACUGUCUCUACCUUGCAGAGAUACUAAUAAGAUUUCUAAUUCAUUAAUAAAAUCUUAUUGCACUGCUCUGAAAAA